AUGACCGUGAACAACCGGGGCAGGCUGGAGCCCCCAGUCCCACCGGAAUACUAUGGGAACAUGGUCACGCCAUUGAGGACGGCAGCGACGGUGGGGGAGCUGCUGGAUAGAGGCCCUGGGUGGGCGGCACGGCAACUGCAUGCAACAGUGGCCGAGCACAACGACGUGAAGCUGCGGAAGUGGAACGGGGAGUGGAUAAAGAGCCCACAUAUGUACCACGUGGGCAGAAUGUUCGAUCCGUGCAACAUCAUGAUGUGGGGCUCACCGCGGUUCAACAUGUACGGCAACGAGUUCGGACUGGGGAAGGCCGUGGCUCUGCAGGGCGGGCACGGGAACAAGUUCGACGGCAAGGUCUCGGGCUAUCCGGGCCGCGACGGAGGCGGGAGCAUCGACCUCGAGAUCUGCCUGUCACCGGAGAAGAUGGCAGUUCUCGAAGACGACGCUGAGUUCAUGACCGCCGUGACGGUUUCGUAG